GUCGCUAAGAUACCGCGUACUUCCGUUUCCUUCUCCCCCACUCCUUGGCUCCGGCAAGCCUUCUCGUCCCUUCCACCAAUGGCAAAUGGGCAGUGGGCGGGACUUGAUUUGUCCGGACCAAAGAAAAGCGGGCUUCUCUGGCGCAGCGCGGCCAAUGACCGUGGGGCCGCCCCUGUAAAGUGGCUCGGGCGCCCCCACGCCCGCCUUUCCUCCUCCCAGCUCUGCCCCUCCCUAUCCGGAUUUCAGCACGGCGCUAGCCGCAGUCUGACAGGAACGGACGGAGCCAAGAUGGCGGCGGCCGACGGCGAUGACUCGCUCUACCCCAUCGCAGUGCUCAUAGACGAGCUCCGCAACGAGGAUGUCCAGCUUCGUCUCAAUAGUAUCAAGAAGCUGUCCACCAUCGCCUUGGCCCUCGGGGUGGAAAGGACCCGCAGUGAGCUUCUGCCCUUCCUUACAGACACCAUCUACGAUGAGGAUGAGGUCCUCUUGGCCCUGGCGGAACAGCUGGGAACCUUCACCACUCUGGUGGGAGGCCCUGAAUACGUGCACUGCCUGCUGCCGCCCCUGGAGUCACUGGCCACAGUGGAGGAGACAGUGGUACGGGACAAGGCGGUGGAGUCCUUGCGGGCCAUCUCACAUGAGCACUCACCCUCCGACCUCGAGGCCCACUUCGUGCCACUAGUGAAGCGGCUGGCGGGUGGCGACUGGUUCACCUCCCGCACCUCGGCCUGCGGCCUCUUCUCCGUCUGCUACCCCCGUGUGUCCAGCGCUGUCAAGGCGGAACUUCGACAGUACUUCCGGAACCUGUGCUCAGAUGACACCCCCAUGGUGCGGCGGGCCGCAGCCUCCAAGCUGGGGGAGUUCGCCAAGGUGCUAGAGCUGGACAACGUCAAGAGUGAGAUCAUCCCCAUGUUCUCCAACCUGGCCUCUGACGAGCAGGACUCGGUGCGGCUGCUGGCUGUGGAGGCGUGUGUGAACAUUGCCCAGCUCUUGCCCCAGGAGGAUCUGGAGGCCCUGGUGAUGCCAACCCUGCGUCAGGCUGCUGAGGACAAGUCCUGGCGCGUCCGAUACAUGGUGGCCGACAAGUUCACAGAGCUCCAGAAAGCAGUGGGGCCUGAAAUCACCAAGACAGACCUGGUCCCUGCCUUCCAGAACCUCAUGAAAGACUGUGAGGCCGAGGUGAGGGCCGCAGCCUCCCACAAGGUCAAAGAAUUCUGUGAAAAUCUGUCAGCUGACUGUCGGGAGAAUGUGAUCAUGACCCAGAUUUUGCCCUGCAUCAAGGAGCUGGUGUCAGAUGCCAACCAACACGUCAAGUCAGCCCUUGCCUCGGUCAUCAUGGGCCUCUCUCCCAUCCUGGGCAAAGACAACACCAUCGAGCACCUCCUGCCCCUCUUCCUGGCUCAGCUGAAGGAUGAGUGUCCAGAGGUGCGGCUGAACAUCAUCUCCAACCUGGACUGCGUAAAUGAGGUGAUCGGCAUCCGGCAGCUGUCCCAGUCCCUGCUGCCCGCCAUCGUAGAGCUGGCUGAGGAUGCCAAGUGGCGAGUGCGGCUGGCCAUCAUUGAGUAUAUGCCCUUGCUGGCUGGACAGCUGGGGGUGGAGUUCUUUGAUGAGAAACUCAACUCCUUGUGCAUGGCCUGGCUCGUGGAUCACGUCUAUGCCAUCCGUGAGGCGGCUACCAGCAACCUGAAAAAGCUGGUGGAGAAGUUUGGGAAGGAGUGGGCCCAUGCCACUAUCAUCCCCAAGGUCUUGGCCAUGUCUGGGGACCCCAACUACCUGCACCGCAUGACUACGCUCUUCUGCAUCAAUGUGCUGUCUGAGGUCUGUGGGCAGGACAUCACCACCAAGCACAUGCUGCCCACGGUCCUGCGUAUGGCUGGGGACCCCGUCGCCAAUGUCCGCUUCAACGUGGCCAAGUCGCUCCAGAAGAUAGGGCCCAUCCUGGACAACAGCACACUGCAGAGUGAAGUCAAGCCCAUCCUAGAGAAGCUGACUCAGGACCAGGAUGUAGACGUCAAGUACUUUGCCCAGGAGGCUCUGACUGUUCUGUCUCUUGCCUGAUGCUGGAAGAGGAGCCAAUGCCGGCCUCUGGUGUCCACCUUCCACCCCAAUUCCCUCCCUCAGGGAGACAGUGGGGAGUCUUUGGCUGUCACUCCCUGUGCAUGGUCUGACCCCAGGCCCCUUCCCCCAGCACGGUUCUUUCUCUUCCCAGCCUGGGAAUCUGACUUCUCACUGUCCACCUCCCAAGGGGCUGGGGGAGCACAAGGUGGGACAGGGCAUUGACCCUGGGAGGAAGGGGCCACUCCUGCCCAUGUCAGGGGAGAGAUGUGAGCAUCCCAGGUCACUGGCUCCUGCUGCUGUAACGGGGACCCCCUUCCCCAUCUACUUCUCCACCUCCCAUUCUCCCUUCCUCCCCCUCAGUGGUUUUUUGUGUCAACUGUGCCGUUUUUAUUUUAUUCCUUUUUUUUCCCUUUUCACAGAGAAAUAAAGGUCUAGAAAUAGCUGGUC